AUGUCCCGUGCUGCUCUCGCCGUGGCGCUGGUAGGACUCACGGGCCGCGGCGCCGUGGCCCUCCAGGCGGACCAGCCCGACCAGCCGGAUGCGGCGGACUGGGUGAGCUCCGAGGAGUUCCGCACCUGGGGAGACACGCUGAAUUUCGACGAGCUCGAGUACACUGCCAAGACGGAUGCAGUCAAGACGGAGAAGGAGCUGAAAUCGCGGUUGAAGGCCUCCGAACUGUUCGAUCAUAAUGCUGUCGAGGCCAACACGCAUAGGGCGGAGAUGGAGACCAACGCUGGCAGUGAGCUCGAGGGGUUCGCAGAGCCCCUCAACGAGACUGAGGUUAGCGAGAUGGUCGACGCGUGGGAGUCCGUCCCAGGCAGCGAUGUGACUUUCAGCUACGGUACCCAUUGCGGUCCGAGCGGGUGUCGCAGCAGCGGGCACAAGAGGGGCCAGCCCUCCUUCCAGGAGAUGCACCGUAACGUGCUCGCCUCUAUUCGUGCGAUGCGGUUCUGCUUCAGCGACGUCAUGAUCGUCCUGGACGCCCCGCAUACGGGCCACGACAAGAUGGGCCCGGAGACGCCCGGCAACGUCACGAGCCACGCUGUUACACCCCACAGUGUUACGGGUGGCGAGAUGGUGCUUCUGGGCGGUCGUCGCAUCACGAAGUUCGGCGUGGACCUCGCGCUGAAGUCCGCGGCGGUGGCUACCGCCAGGGCCGCCGCCGAGCUGCUCCGGGACCACUGCCCGACCGCCGCGCCGCAGUGGAGGGUGAAGGUCAUUGACUACAGCUCCCCCGAGAUGCUGAAGGAGGCCCUCGAGCACUACGCCAUCCCUGAGGCCGAGAGGAACACCAGCUUCUACGAGAGGAUGUACGUCAACACCAUGGCCCUGGACCAGAACUUCCAGUGCAAGGGUCAGUACGUGUACCACAUGGACGCCCAGUGGCGCAUCUACAGGAGCAACCACUCCCACAGCGCCCCCAACUUCAUCUCCAAGGCGCUGUCCCUGAUGAAAUCGGAUGAGAGGGUCUACAUGGCCUCGGUCAUCAACACGUUCAACCUGGACCCCCAGAAGAACCCGUACAACAGGUUCGCCGUGAUUCCCGGGGCGGUGCACGGCAGCACCCCAGUGGAUCGUGUGAAAGGCAUGUUGCAGGGCUGGAGCCCGGAGCAGUGGCUCUCGCAGAAGCGCCCCCUUCGCGGCGAGGCCUUCCACGGGAAUUGGGAGAACAAGACCGACGAGAUGAACAAGCGGAUCCAGCUCUACCAGAUGAAUUGGGAUACGUGGGGUGGCAUCGUUACGCGCCACCAGUUCCUGAUGGACGUCAGUCGCAUGAAGGGCUUGUUCCCGAUGGAAGAGUGGGACACCGCCGCAGAGCACAUGUGGUCCGCCAACAUGAACAAGAAGUUCAAGGACAAGGCGUUUCAGAUCUACUUCAACGAGACCGUCGGGGUAUUCGCCGGCCCCUCCGACGCCUGA